UCGAUUUUAUCGUCGUAUACAUGAUCAUAUUUUUUAUCUUUAUUUUUAUGAUAAUUAUAUACGACAAAAUUAUUAUCGAAAUAAUGAUUCAACAGCAAAUAUUUUCGAUAAAAAUAACUAUUUAUCCGAUGAAUUAUAUAUUGAUUAUGAUCAAAUUGAUUAUAAUAGCGAUCGACCAAUACCAAGAUCAUUUUGGAAUAUAAUAUUACCAGGUUUAAUGUCAACAAUACAGACAAUUGGUGCCGGUCUUUAUGUAAUCCAACCAGAUUAUUUUCAAAAAUUUGCAUUUAUCGGUACGUUUGCCAGAUUUAAUCCACCCGAAGGACGAGAAUAUUUUCUUACAGCAUGGGCUAUUGCAGCAUUUUCCGUUAUUAUUAUGAUGUUCUAUUGUAUAACAACAAAAGUAAAAAAUUAUCAAUUUUUACGUAUACUUUAUUUAAAUCAAAAUGAUUAUCAUCAUCAUUGUUUAACAAAUAAUGAAUUUAAACAAUUUGAACAAUCACGUGAUCGUAUAUUAUCGGCUGUACGUAGUUUUAUUGUUAUUGUUGUAUUAGUAUUUCCAUUCGGUUUUAUACCUACAAUUAUACAACUUGAAGCAUAUAAAAUUUCAAUGUUUUGGACAAUAUUCUGGUUUAUAAUUAUCAAUACAAAUAUUUGGUAUCUUUUUAUGACGCAAUAUUAUUUUCCAAUAUUUAUUGUAAUGUUACAAUAUUAUUUUCGUAUACGACAACGUAAUCUAUAUAAACGUUUAAUACGUUUAAAUAAUCGUUUAUUGAAUCAAGAAAAUCUAUCAUCAAAUAGAUAUAUAUGGAUAAGGCAAAUAAAUAAUGAAUUCUUACGUAUUAAUCGUUUAUAUGGUUUACUUCGACAAGAAAUCUAUUCAAAUAGUAAUCAAUUACGACGAUUUGUAACAACAAUAUUCAUUGAUUUAAGUAUGCAAUCAACAUAUCUUAUAUCCAUAGUAUUAUUUACUAAAAUUGGACCAGCUAUUACAGUGGUUAUAAUGCAAAUUACAACCGGUAUAACAACAAUGUUGAUUAUAUUUUUAUAUAGUUGUUCAAUGAUUGAAUAUGAAGAUCGAAAAUUUUUUAUUCAAAAACAAAAAUGUCUUAAUCUUGGUAAUAUUAAUCGAAAUAUUUUUACAACUAAAAAUUCUAUAAAGCUUGGUACACCGUUCGAACGAUCAUUUGGUUUUACAUUGAUACAUGAUAUUGUUAUUAGUUCAAGUUUAUCUGUUAAUGUUUUCAUUAAUAUUAGUACAUUUUUCUUUUUGAUUGCUCCACAAAUUCGUUAA